AUGAUUGCUCGUACUCUACCUCCCACAACUGUGGCACCACAUCCUUCUUUACGUGCACCUGCCUCUACCAUAAGCCGAUAUUUCAUGGACGACAUCCGAAGCAACGAGUACCUUCCGUACCAGACGAAGGGAGCUGACAUGAAGAGGAAACAAUUUUACGCAUGGGCCGGCAAACGAAGCGAUCCGGAAAAGCGAAAACAGUUCUACGCAUGGGCUGGGAAGUAA